AUGGCUGCUCCAUCUACCCAGUCCGUCUACCGGGCUACUACAACUGCCCCCGUCAACAUUGCUGUCAUCAAGUACUGGGGCAAGCGUGAUACUACUCUUAACCUGCCAACUAAUUCUUCUCUCUCUGUGACCCUCUCACAACGUUCCCUCCGCACUCUGACCACCGCCUCUUGCUCUCCGUCUUACCCCGCCGAGGAUACUCUCAACCUGAACGGCAGCCCACAGGAGAUUCAAUCCUCCAAGCGUACUCUUGCUUGUCUGUCUAGCCUUCGUGCUCUCCGCAAAUCCCUGGAAGAUGCCGAUUCUUCUCUUCCUCCGCUCUCCACUUUCCCUCUUCGAAUUGUCUCCGAGAACAACUUCCCCACUGCCGCUGGCUUGGCUAGCUCCGCUGCGGGCUUUGCUGCCCUCGUUCGUGCCGUUGCCGAUCUAUACCAGCUGCCCCAGACUCCUCGUGAGCUGAGCCGUAUUGCUCGUCAAGGCUCAGGCUCUGCCUGCCGAUCUCUGAUGGGCGGCUAUGUCGCAUGGCGCUCAGGUGAGCUUGUUGACGGAAGUGACAGUCUGGCUGAGGAGGUUGCUCCUGCCUCCCACUGGCCCGAGAUGCGGGCCUUGGUCCUUGUCGUUAGUGCCGAGAAGAAGGAUGUUCCCAGCACAGAAGGUAUGCAGACCACUGUUGCUACCUCCGAGCUCUUUGCUCAGCGAGUGUCUUCCGUUGUUCCUGAGCGCAUGACUGCCAUUGAAGACGCUAUUCGGGACCGUGACUUCCCCAAGUUCGCCGAGAUUACUAUGCGUGACUCCAACACUUUCCAUGCCACAUGUCUCGACUCCUGGCCUCCUAUCUUUUACAUGAACGAUGUUUCGCGCGCUGCUGUCCGCCUGGUGCAUGACAUCAACCACGCUGUUGGCCGCACUGUUGCUGCUUACACUUAUGACGCUGGUCCUAACUCCGUUAUCUACUACGAGGAGAAAGACUCUGAGUUGGUUGCUGGCACCGUCAAGAGUAUCUUGGGUGCUGACGUUGAAGGCUUCAGCGGUUCUUUCUAUGAGCCUAUUGCCAACCUCACCGCUCCCGGUGUUGCUCUUGAUAAGAUUGACCCCCGUGUCCUGGAUGUCCUGAAGACCGGUAUUAGCCGUGUCAUUCUGACUGGUGUUGGAGAGGGUCCUAUCUCUGUCGACGAGCACCUCGUGUCUGAGACCGGCGAGCUUGUCAACCAGUAA